ACCAGAACUAUAAAUUCUCAUAAGGCCAACUAAAGUGAGAGGACUUUUCUCUCUCUCCCAAUUCUGCCUACUUGAAAGGUUCAUUUCCGAAAAACUGCGCCAAAUCUAGGGUUUGGCAUUGAGGAUUUCCGAUCGUCGACUUCGCGGAAUUUGCCGCGAAACUAGAGUUAUUGGCGUGCGCUGUGAUUCCUUGAACUUUCUUUCUCGGAAUCUAGAGUUCUUUUUGCGGUUGGUGUAGAUUCGUUGAAAAUCCCGUUUUUAUUCUGAGUUUUAUUUUAAGAUCUAAGCCUGGGUUCAUAAAUAAAACCAGGUUUUGGAACUGACAGAUCUUGGAAUUUGAGGGGAAACGAGAGAGUAAUGUUCGAGGAAUGGCACUUAAGGUUUCACCCAUGGAAGCUGCCAAGACUGCUAUAGAGUCGAUUGGGCUUGGAUAUGAUAUUGCCACGGAUCUUCGACUCAAGUUCUGCAAGAGGGAUUUAUCUGAUCCAUGUUUGAUUGAGCUCGAUGACGGUCAAGGUCGAGAUAUUGUUCUUCCUGGCGGUAUUUCAAUCCCCAAUGUUUCAAAGUCGAUAAAGUGUGAUAAAGGGGAGCGGAUGCGGUUCAGGUCCGAUGUUCUCUCCUUUCAACAGAUGUCAGAGCAAUUUAACCAGGAAAUAUCUCUGUCUGGUAAAAUUCCAUCAGGGCUGUUCAAUGCUAUGUUCGAAUUUACAGGCUGCUGGCAGAAGGAUCAAGCGAACACCAAAACUCUUGCCUUUGAUGGGUGGUUUAUUACACUCUAUACAGUUGCGUUAGCAAAAUCCCAGACAGUACUGCGUGACCAUGUUAAACAAGAUGUUCCAUCAUCAUGGGAUCCUGCUGCACUGGCCAGUUUUAUUCAACGAUAUGGUACCCAUAUUAUUGUGGGUGUGAAGAUGGGUGGAAAGGACAUAGUUUAUUUGAAGCAGCAACACUCGUCUAAUCUUCAACCUGCUGAAGUUCAGAAAAGGUUAAAGGAGAUGGCAGAUAAGAGGUUUCUAGAUGCAAAUGAGCAGUAUAGCAUGGGUUCAGAGGAACCAUAUGUGAAGGAUAAGUCUGAUAACAGGGAGAUCCGGCUGAGGUUUGCAGACUCCAGUCCGUCCAUGUCUUAUGCAAACAAGGAGGAUAUCAUAGGCAUAUACAAGAGAAGAGGAGGCAGUGACUUUAAGAAACUGCCGCAUUCUGAUUGGUUGAACAGCGUCACAGAUGAACCUGAUGUGAUCUCAAUGUCCUUUGUUCCAAUUACGUCUCUCUUGAAUGGAGUCCCUGGGAGUGGAUUCUUGAGCCAUGCCAUCAAUCUCUACCUACGCUAUAAACCACCAAUCGAAGAUCUUCAUCAGUUUUUAGAGUUUCAGCUACCAAGGCAAUGGGCACCUGUCUUUGGCGAACUCACCCUUGGUCCUCAGCAGAAGCAACAAAGCAGCGCCUCUCUCCAGUUCAGCUUCUUGGGUCCCAAGCUUUUUGUUAACACCAGUCCGGUUGAUGUGGGCCAGAGGCCGGUUACUGGCCUCCGGCUCUUUCUCGAAGGGAAGAGAAGCAACCGACUAGCAAUCCAUCUCCAGCAUCUCUCCUCACUACCGAAAACGUUCCAACUCUGUGACGAUCCCUAUGGGAACUCCCCUCUGGAACCCGACCGCAAGUACUUUGAGCCGGUCCAGUGGAAGAACUUUUCUCAUGUCUGCACAGCCCCUGUGGAAUCUUACGAUGAACACUCGAUCAUCACUGGUGCACAGUUCCGAGUAAGCAACUAUGGCCUGAAAAAGAUCCUCUUCUUGCACCUCCACUUCUCGACCAUCUUGGGUGCUUCUGUGGUCAAGAAUCAUGAGUGGGAUGGAUCUCCUGGUAUUGCCCAAAAGUCGGGUAUCAUGUCUAUGUUGAUUAGUGGGCAUUUCACGGCACCCCAAAAGCCGCCACCACGUCCUGCUGAUGUGAAUAUCAACUCGGCUGUGUACCCUGGUGGGCCCCCAGUGCCUGUCCAAGCACCAAAGCUGCUGAAGUUUGUGGACACAACGGAGAUGACUAGAGGACCGCAGAACACACCUGGGUACUGGGUUGUUUCUGGGGCGCGACUGCUAGUUGAGAAGGGUAAGAUCUCUCUCAAGGUGAAGUACUCCCUCUUGGCAGUGAUGCCACCUGAUGAUGAUGAGGUGUAGGAUGAGUGGGUCACGGGCAUGUCUGUACGGUUGGUUUUCUAAUAUCAGCCCAAAAAUUCCUUGAGUGAAAAAAAGGAAAAAAGAUACAUUAAAAACAUAUUUAAAAAAGAUACAAGUCUCCAAGCCAAAACGAAAAGAAAAAGGGGAAAUGGUCUUGUUUAUGUGUGGAGAGUAUUGAAAAUCUUUGUACUAUAAAAAAUUUUUGAGCUGUUUUUUUUUUUUUUUCCCAUGUAGAUACGACCUCAUUGUUGCCUGUACUCGGUAAAAUUACUUUCCAUUCAUAAAUUAUUAACAUGAUGGUUUUUCUUC